AUUAUCUAGAAAAACUAAACACUACAUAUCUUUAUCUUUACUAUCAAGAUCUAAUAUAUUGAUAGCGCGGCUUAUAAUAAACUGGAAAUUGCUUAAUACUAGUGGGGAAAAUGCUAGCAUGGAUGUGAGCAUUUAGAAGGAAAUCGUUAUACAAGUUACGUUUUCAUUAUAGUUCGAACAUAACUAACAUAAUCAUGUUGUCAUGGUUAAACCACCGGUGGACAGCCUUGUGGCUGCUUUUCACGGCCCUGGGCUCCUUGACGAUGUUUUUAUAUGGAUUCUUUCCUUUAAAAUAUCACUCAGGGAAGUUGGGUAGAAUGGAUGACCUCCCAAACUACAUAGAAGGUGUCAGUAUUGAUGGUCAUAGCGUGUAUGACGCUGGCGAAAACACUGUCAUAUUGAUGGUAAUAGAUGGACUGCGGUACGACUUUGCCAGUGAGGAGUACAUGCCGUUUACCGGCCAGCUACUGAGGAACAAGUCUGCAUGCAUUUAUGUAUCUGUGGCAGAACCACCAACAGUCACCAUGCCUAGAAUAAAGUCACCAGAACGUAAGAAGGAGAAAGCACAGUGGAGGCGCACAAUAAACUUCUGGCGAGAUAUAUUUGCCAUGAUGACGGGCAGUGUGUCGACGUUUGCCGACGUGGCGUUGAAUUUCGGCGCGCCCGCCGUGCGAGGUGACAGCGUAUUACGCGCGCUCGCGUCACGCGGCAGAAAGUCUGUCAUGUACGGUGAUGAUACUUGGCUGCGACUGUUCCCGGGGAUGUGGGCGGAGUCUGAUGGCACCACUUCGUUUUACGUCACGGAUUAUACUGAGGUCGACCACAAUGUCACAAGGCAUCUCGACAAGAUUCUCACUCCGGAUGAAAAGAGAAACCCCUCGUUUGACUUCCUAGUCCUACAUUACCUCGGUCUAGACCACAUAGGGCACUUAGAGGGCGCUAGGAGUCCUAAAAUUAAACCUAAGCUGUCGGAAAUGGAUGAGGUGGUCAAGAAAAUAUAUACUGCAAUGGAGACAUGGAACCGUCCGGGCACUCUGAUCGUCUGCGGCGACCACGGCAUGCGCGACGCCGGUGGUCACGGCGGCUCCUCCGCUGCUGAGGUACUGGUGCCCUUGGUGGUCGCCAGACCUGCUGACUUCCAAUGCCCGCACCCGCCUGGCCCCGGUCCCACGGUGGCCCAAGUCGACGUGGCGCCGACUGUCGCGUGGCUGCUCAACGCGCCAAUCCCCGGAGACAGCACCGGGCGAGUGCUGCCUGCCCUCAUGCCGGCAGACACGCGACAGCACCUGUAUCUGCUGCACGUGCUAGCGGCGCAUGACGCGCGACAUGUUAGCGUUGACACCGAGGUGUACAAGCAAUUCCUGCGGGCUCAGACUCAAUUCGCGAGGUAUCUAGCGACGGGGGCGCAAAGUGCCGCUAAAAUUGCUAAGGAGUUUUACGAUGAGUCUUUGGGAGAGAUGGCCAAAAUGCUCACAGAGACGACCACAGAGUUCGACAUGUUCGCGAUCGGCUUGGCCAUUGUGUUGCUGUAUUCUAUUGCCGCCGCAUUACUCUGCAUAACUUUAUACUCUUUACAAUCUGACAACAACAGAAAGAUUAGCGCAACACGUAUGCAUCGUGACAGCAAGAAAGGCACAAUACUGGCUUUCUUCAUAAUAUUCACCAUAACUACUUGUAUACUUACCACAUCAUGCUUCAUAACGGAGACUAAAAGCCAGAUCUGUUCUUUCACAGCUCUAUGGCUUAUACCAUUCUUGGUGGCAUCUCUAGCAUUUACUAUAUGCUACUUUAUAGUCAAAGCAGGAGUGGAAAGAACUAAAGACCUAAGCAUACUCAAAGAUCUGAACGCUAUUGACUAUUUACUCAUCAUCGGUACAUUAUUCCACGCUUGGUCCUUCUUCGGGACCAGUUUUAUUGAGGAAGAGCAUAUGACGUGGUACUACUUUUGGAAUACUCUGAUGUUUUUCGUGCUGGUGCGAACUAUAGUGGUUAUAGUGAUGUAUUUUGCUAAGAGGUGGUCCGGAGCGACUGAGGUUCAAGAGAAACCGCACUUGGAGAACCGUAUGAGCUCUGUUGGCAUUGGGAUUGUCCCGCAGUGGGUUUUGUUAAUUGCUUUACAUAGGUAUCUUCGCACAAUGAAUCAGACAGGUGACCGCUGGCUUUUCCUCCCCGACACGGCUGACUGGCUCAACGCGCCUGAAAAUGCUUUUUACUUGCAAGCACAUCUAGUCAUAGGUACAAUAGUGACACUCGGGAUUUGUCUGUGGAACGUCCGAUACAUGAACAACUACAUGCAGAUACAUGCAGCACUUACUGUAGUGGCUACAUCCUGUAUAUUAUGCCACAAAGUAGCCGCAGACUCCUUAUACACACCAUUCCCAACUCUCAAAACAUGGGACCCCGUUGUCAUAGUCAACGUAUUCUGGUGCCUAUUAAUAGCCCAAGUUUUAUUCGAGCUAGCUACCUAUGUUGGCGCAUUAAAAUGUGGAUUAAGAGAGAAUAAGUUUGAAUAUAAGAAGCCAAAGGAAAAAAGUGAGGAUUACUUCUACGAUCAAAUGGACGAUCCGUGGAAUUUGGAUGAAGUGAAACUUAAGUUGGCCUGUUCAUUAUCACAUGUUAUGUUGAAUCAGUUGAUGUUGAUUAUUAUUCUGUUGAUGAGACCUCACAAUGUGAUUAUGGUGCCGAGUAUAUAUUUCACUUGUAUGCUGACGUCAAAGUGUCUUGAUCAUAAGCUGCUAGAUUCUAGACCGGGGAGGGACACUGAAGCGGUGGAAUACCUAAGUCAAGCGUUAGCGCAUUUGUGGAUUGGCCACUUGUUUUUCUUCUAUCAGGGUAACUCCAACAGCCUCGCAUCAGUCGACCUGGGUUCGGGGUACGUGGGUCUGCGCGAGUACAGCGCCCCGCUGGUGGCGGCGCGCAUGGGGCUGCACGCGUACGCCGCGCCCGCCAUCGCCGGCGCCGCCCUCUUCGCCGUAGUCGCUCGCACCGCGCCGCACUGGACCAGGUAUCUACAGCGCAUAUGGCGAGUGGUCAACAUAUACGCGCUGCACCGAGUAUACCAACUUAUGGUAUACUGCGUCGUAGCCACAGUAUUUCGCCACCAUCUGUUCGUAUGGUCGGUGUUUUCUCCUAAACUGCUAUACGACUUUGUGGCGACAGUGUUUUCCGUCCAAGCUCUAAGCACGAUCGGCCAGAUUGUGUUGUUGACUCAUUUCACUGCCUGGAUAGCGAGAACCAUCGCGUAUGGUGCCCAAAGAACAUUCCCGUUGGCGCUGUGAAAAGUGUAUUUGACAGGCUUGUUAGUAUAAAGCUUAAAGUUAAUAUACCUAGCGGAAUAGAGAAACAAAGAGCUGAGCAAGCGAGAUGUCACUAUCGGUAACACUGCGUGGUAGAAAGAGAUGCGUGAUAUGAAGUGGCAGAACCCUUUUU